AUGGCCCAGUUCAAGUUCAACAAGACUACCCAGUCUCCCUCAACCAUUUGCCUGCUCCCCUCUACCACCAUAAGCACAAGCCAGAAGCCCGCACCCGUCAUACUUAUUGGUCCACCCGUCGGCCAGACUGGCGGCAAGCUGAUCCAAAAAGAGGCUGUUAUCCGCGUGCUCUUGCGGACCGGUGGUGAUGGCAUCCCUCUCCCUUCCACUGUUAUCUAG